AUGAAGCUUGCGAAUAUCAAUGUCAGCAAUGAUAAUGACACUGAUGAUGGUGGUCAGAGAGUGAGCAUCAACAAUCAACACAAUGUAGCCAAUAUUGAUAACGACAAUGGAUGGAAUUCUUGGAACUCAAUCUGGGACUACAACACUGGUUUUGCAGCAACUAGGAUCUUUGCCAAGAAAACCUGCAUCGUGCACAGACUGAACAGAAAAGUUGUGCCUGCCCUUCAGGACCUUGAAAAGAUGUCAAAAGAAAGGAAGGUAAAAGACACAUUACCCACUGGACUUUCUCCCCAAAGCCUACACUAUAAAAUUGAACCUGAGGAAACAAAAGACCUGACCCAAUUUGGAAGUCCUAUUGAAAACAUGUGCAAGGGUCUUCGUACAUAUCAAGCUCAGGAAGUUCAAGGACAAAGCUUCUAUUUCCAUAGUGGUUCAUGCUUCAGGAUUAAUGUCCUCUGGCUUAUGGGCAUCUCCCUUUGUGGAGAUGUAACAGCUUCAUAAAGAAAUCACUGAAGACCUGCCAGCCAAGAUGUACUCCCUCAAACUCUUCAAAUCUUAA